AUGCAUGCAGAUGAGAGUUUGAUCAUGCAAGGCCAAGCGGCCUCGUGCGAGUCCAACAGUAGAUUGUUCAAGGGCGCUUGCUUCAGCGACCGAAAUUGUGGGUCGAUCUGCGAAAAAGAAGGAUUCAUGGCUGGAAAAUGCAAAUUCCUAAGGUGUGUGUGCUUGAAGAACUGCAGUGCCGGUGGUGGAGGUAGCGGCGGCAUUGGCGGCAGCGGUGGUGGUGGAGGUGGUGGCGGCAGCGGCGGCGAGGAUCCAAGCAUGGGGCCGCCGGAGGAGAAUCCGGGCGGCGAGGGGCCGCCGGAAGAGGGCUCUGGCGGCGAGGAGUCACCGGUUCUUAACUAG